AUGCUAUCGGCGUCCCUCGGCGCGAAAUCCAUCUUGCGCCUCCUGCCGUUCGUUGAUGUCACGAUACCUCAAGGUUGUGACGAACCUGUCGUUGACGCCACGCAUGCCAAGAAGAAGCAGCUGUCGUUUGCCGAUGAACAUGGCAUUGCCUUGGUACAACGACACGUGUUUGAUGUUUCGCACCCAUGGAAGGACGCGUCCAGUUCCCUGCACUCUAGACUUUGA